AUGUAUCAAGAUAAUUUUUCAACAGACAAUUGUGAAAAACACGACAGUUUUGGAAUCCAGUCAGGACUAUCGCCAUCGAAUAUUCUUUGCCGUGUAAACGCUGACUUUUCCGCGACAAGUGAUAAUAAUUACGCAGCAUCUUACACAAUUGCGCCAACCAUAACUAAUAAUGACAAACAGUAUUAUUCUAUGACCUCUUUAGAAUCAACAUCUCACACUUCACAAUUUAUCGGUUAUAAUGCUAAUGAUCAUUUAGAACCGAAUAUACCAACGUCUAAUCCAAGCAUCUUUCCUCCACUUAUUAGACCCCCAAUUAAUUCACCUAGCAUGACUCAUGCUAGCUCUCCUCAAAUUCAAACG